AUCCGAUUGAGUUUAGUGCGAGAGAGUAAAGUUCGAAAGCGUGGUCUCAUUAUUCUUCGUGCUCGGCAGAGUCCGCCGCCGCCGACGAGCCAAGACCAUGUCUUCGUACCCAACGACGACUGCUCCGACAACGACGCCUUCCACGACGACACCGUACUACGCCAAGCCCGUCAUGAAGCGCAAGCGCGCGCUCGAGGCGCUCCCGCCCGCCAAGAAGGGCCUCACCGACUCGAUGCAUGCGACGCUGGCACUGCUCCAGCACAUCCCCGCGCUUGCCACGUUUCCGCCCGGUCGUCGCGCCACGCGUCGGGGCGGCGUCGAUGCUGGCGACAUGAUGAUCCACGCCCUCGGCGCCGUCAUGAGCGCGACCCAAGUGACGCCGAUACCGUCCCGAAGGCCGACGUCGGCCACAAAAGAAGACGAGGCGCGGCCAUGCGCCAACUCGUCGUGCUGAUAGUGCAAUAGUCGUCGAACCUGUAAUAUGAAGCAACACCAACGUACUCACGUC